UGUUCUCUCCUGCUGGGAUUUUUUUUCCAGAUUUUUCUCUCUCUAUUUUCCUAACCUAACUGCCUCUCCCGUUUGCUUAUCAACCUGUGAUUUUCCUUUUCCUCCUAUCCCCGACGUUUCUUGUCUACCCGUGCGUGGUGUUUGGGCCAUGCUCUCCUCACCCACUGUGAUUCUCCAGCCUUAUGGACUCCCUGUCUACCCACAGACAACCACAUGCUACCCAAGCAUAGUUCAGGGAGGCCCCACACAGGAGGCCGGCCCCGGCAGCGGUGACCCCACCCUGCAACAGGUCUACGCACCUCCCCCUUCCUACCCUCCUCCAGGUCAAGGCCCGCCAACAUCUGCAGGCAGACUGCCACCUCUUGACUUCAGCUCUGUACAUGCCGGUUCAGAGUAUCCUGAACAUCCUCAGCUCAGAAUCUAUCAGGGCCCUCAGCACGACGGGGCAGAGGCUCUAACAUCCAGUAACACGGAGGAUGCUUUGGCCACUGUGACCUCUGACCCCCAGUCUUUGAGCAUAUCGGUGUCAUCAGGGGGCGGAGCAGGAAGUGGAAGUGAUGAGGAGGGGUCAGGUAAAGCCCAGCCAAAACGCCUCCACGUCUCCAACAUCCCCUUUCGCUUCAGAGACCCAGACCUCCGCCAGAUGUUUGGGCAAUUUGGAAAAAUCCUUGAUGUGGAAAUAAUUUUCAAUGAGAGGGGUUCAAAGGGUUUCGGGUUUGUCACCUUCGAAAGUGCCGCUGAGGCUGACCGGGCAAGGGAAAAGCUGAAUGGGACAAUUGUGGAGGGUAGAAAGAUUGAGGUUAACAAUGCAACAGCAAGAGUAGUUACCAAGAAGCCCCAGACGCCCCUUGUGAAUGGAGAACUUUCAACUUCUGGAUGGAAGAUCAACCCAAUGAUGGGGGCAAUGUACGCACCAGAACUCUAUACAGUUGCCAGUUUCCCUUAUCCUGUAGCGACUCCCACCUUGGCCUACCGGGGCUCUGCUCUGCGCGGUCGAGGCCGAGCUGUCUACAACACGAUCCGCUCUGCUGCAGCAACACCUGCCGCUGUACCUGCCUACCCCGGGGUUGUAUAUCAGGAUGGGCUCUAUGGAGCAGAAGUCUAUGGAGGCUACCCUGCAGCUUACAGAGUAGCUCAAUCAGCAUCUGCUGCCACAGCAACUUACAGCGAUGGCUAUGGCCGGGUCUACGCCACAGCUGCUGAUCCCUAUCACCACUCAGUCGGACCAACAACAACAUAUGGAGUUGGUACGAUGGCCAGUUUGUACAGAGGCGGAUAUAACCGCUUCACCCCGUACUGAGACUACCGGCAGGGGCAGGGAUGACAUCCCUCAUGAACUCUGGGAAUGGCUUAUCCAUGGACACUGCAGGACAGAUGAUAAGAUCCUUAAAGUUUGUGAAUGUGGGGAUGGAUUCACCCCUUGUCUCCAUCGCAACCUCUCCUAGAGAGACUAAACGGACUGAAGUUGUAAAUACUGUAGGACUUAUUGUAAUGAUCAAUACUUAUUUGGAGGAGGAUGUCAUAUAAGACAAGAAAAACCUUUAAGGGAUUAUUGUUUUCUGUAUUUAAAGAUGUUCGCUCACACUUCAGGAGGGCCAGAUGGUGGUGAAUACUGUGAGAAUUAUUUUUUGCGAGUACAAUCUACUAUCACGGGUCAAAUUGUACAAAAAAACAUUUGUGCAACAGUUAAUGACAUAUUUUUGAUGAUAGCUAUUUACUAAAUCUGUGUUUGAGUCUGUGUGUGUGUGUGUGUGUGUGUGUGUGUGUGUGUGUGUGUGUGUGUGUGUGUGUUGUGUGUGUGUGUGUGUGUGUGUGUGUGUGUGUGUGUGUGUGUGUGAGAGAGGCAAGUCGUGUAUCAACACUGUUAAGUUAUCAUCUGAGAGACAGCUGUGACUAUGGUUUCAUUAUUACAAACACAGGACUAAUGUUUGUUUGGACUUAGUUGGAAUUUUGUAGCCUUUCUAACAAUCUACCUCUCAUACAUUUUUAGCUUUAAAUUCAGCAGCCUUAAUUAAUCCCAUAUCUCUAUCCUUCAUUUUUUCAAUCUGCAGAGCUUUCUUCUAGCGUCACCUUUCUGUUCUUUGUUAAUCCUCACUUAUAUACAGUAUAUUGUAGCUUCUGUUUCUAUGGCUAUCUUUUGUACCUCACCUCCAAUGAUGUUUUUAUUUUUUCUAAACUGCUUUAAUCUCGUUUUAAAUCCAAACUUUGGACUUGGCAUUGAAAAUCUGUCUUUAUUUGGUCUAACUAACAAACUGAGGACUGAUGGCCUUGCUCAAAGACAGCUUCUUCUUAAUAUGUAUGCUGCAGAUAUUAAAAACUGUCUCCAAGUUGUUUAUUUCUUUCUCAGCUUUAUUCUUCACUCCUGUGCCUUAUUUCACUCUUUGCUUGUGUUCUCUCUCAGAGCUGCUGAAUGCCUCCUCAACUUUUAUUGAUCAUUUUCUUCUCAGCCUUUUCUUAGUUUCUGUUUCACUCGUUUCUGGUGUGUUGGAUGUUUACCUCUAAAUAAAUCCUUUUUUUCCUC